AUGAAGAGAACUCUAGAAAUUGAUUUUGAUACUAUUGAGCGCGUUAUUCCUAGUUCAAGUAAACGAGUAAAAUUUAUGCAACAAGUAAAGGAAUAUAAUGAUAUGAUAAAUGGAAAGGGUAAAGAUGAAUUAAAGAAGAAUAAUUCUGAUAGUGAGUUGGAUAAAAAUGAAUUGGAUGGGAAUGAUGAAUCUGGUAAUAUCAAGAUACAAGAAGGAAAACCUUAUAAUAGUUUUGUAAAAGAGAGAUUUAAUGAUGUUAAGGAAUUAAAUCCUGAAUUGACCAAUCAAGACAUCUUUAGACUUCUUGCUAUUGAGUGGAAGAGUAGUUCGAUGAAUCCCAAAAAUGAUU